UUAUUUAUGAGCACAAGUUGACUUUUAACUAACUUAUUUAUUGCUCAAGAAUCUUUCCCUUAUUGAAAUUAAGAACACAUAUGUCCAGAAUUGCAGUCUCAAGCUGAAUUAACAAUGGAAUAUGAUCGCUUGAUGGAAUUAAAAGCGUUUGAUGAUACAAAAACUGGUGUUAAAGGAUUAGUUGAUUCCGGAAUUGUGGAAAUUCCAAGAAUAUUCAUUAGGCCAUCUGAUGAACUUGUUCAAGAGUUGACUCAUGGUAAGCCAACUCUGCAUUGUCCUGUGAUAGAUUUCAGUGGCAUAGAAGUUCAAGAUCAUCGUAACAAGGUUGUCGAUGAAAUAAGGGAAGCAUCAGAAAAGUGGGGAUUUUUCCAACUGAUAAAUCAUGGGAUUCCUUCAAGUGUAUUGGAAAGAAUGAUUGAUGGGAUUCGUAAAUUUCACGAACAAGAUGCUGAGGUAAAGAAAGAGUACUAUUCGCGUGAUUUCACAUCGAGAAGAGUAAGAUAUGAGAGCAACUUUGAUCUUUAUCAAUCGAAAUCUGCAAACUGGAGGGAUACAUUGAACAUUUCUUUGCUACAUUCAAGUCAUAUCGAACCAGAAGAACUACCAGCAGUUUGCAGGAACGUAAUUGUUGAGUAUAUAAAUCACGUUACAAAGCUAGGAGAAACUAUAUUCUGCAUUUUAUCAGAAGCGCUCGGGCUAAAACCAGAUCACUUGAAAGAAAUGGAAUGUAAUAAAGGAAAAUCAGUAGUAUGCCAUUACUAUCCAGCAUGCCCACAGCCAGAGCUAACUCUUGGCGCUGCGAACCAUACAGAUCCUUCUUUCCUUACUGUUCUGCUUCAAGAUCAAAUUGGUGGCCUUCAAGUCCUGCACAAUAACCAAUGGAUCGAUGUUAAACCGGUAUCACAAGGAUUGGUUGUUAAUAUUGGCGAAGCACUUCAGAUCCUAUCAAAUGACAAGUUUGUGAGUGCUAAUCAUAGAGUUUUAGCGAAUGGGGUAGGACCAAGAAUGUCAGUGGCAUGCUUCUUCAAUGGUAGUUUUGCACAACCAAAGAUCUACGGUCCAAUCAAGGAUCUAAUAUCAGAUGAAAAUCCCCUUUUGUAUAAAGAAUUUACAGUAACUGAUUACAUUGCUAAGUUUAUGUCCAGGCCUCUUGGUACAUCUGCACUUGACCUUUUUAGACUCUGACGAAACAUAAAAAAUCUACAUUACCAAGCAGCGACAAACGCCAUCAGUAUAGUCCUUCUAAAGACCGAUGAUUGUUGUUGAUUAAAGUAUGUUUUCAUUUGUAAUAAUGUUUUACAUACGAGUACUGGAAGAAUAUGCAGCUUAUCCCUUUAUAUGUAAGCAUUUCAUAUUGAAUAAAAUAUCAGCAUUUUGUUUGGA